AUGUUGGACGCUGGGUCGACUGGCUCGCGCAUCCAUGUGUACAAGUUCAACUACUGCAAGAAUCACCCCGAGCUUGAGGACGAGAUCUUUGAGCAGCUGAAGCCCGGUCUGUCGUCGUUCCCCGAUGACCCUAACGGUGCCGCCCAUAGCCUGGACCAUCUGAUGGACGUCGCCAUGAAGGGUGUUCCCGAGAGCCUGCGCUCGUGCACGCCGAUCGCCGUCAAGGCCACUGCUGGUCUGCGCAUGCUGGGUGCUGAGAAGAGCGAGGGCAUUCUGAAGGCCGUCGAGAGCCAUCUGAGCAAGGACUACCCGUUCAAGCUGAUCCCCGAGAGCCCUGUCGAGAUCAUGGACGGCAAGGACGAGGGCAUCUACGCGUGGAUCACAGUGAACUACCUCUUGGGCGUGCUGGGCGACGAGGACCACAAGACCGCUGCCACCUUUGACCUGGGCGGCGGCUCGACGCAGAUUGUAUUUGAGCCGCGGUUCGAGAACUGGAACAGCACGACCGGUGGCCCGCAGCUGGCGCCCGGCGAGCACCGGUACGAGAUGAAGUACGGCGGACAGGAGUACACGCUCUAUCAGCACUCGUAUCUGGGCUACGGCAUGAUGGAGGCCCGCAAGAGCAUCAAAAAGCUGAUUGCCCAGGAGGCCUCAGCCAGCGGCAAGUUCUCGGUCGAGCACCCGUGCUUCCCGCCCGAUUACCGUGAGGAGCUCUCGGUCGAGGGCAGCACCAGCCCGGUCACCAUCCGCGGUAUUUCCAAGGCGUCGCUGAAGGGCAAGUCUGCAUACGAUCAGUGCUACAAGGAGGUCAAGAAGAUCCUGAAGAAGGACGCGCCAUGCUCCCAGUCGCCGUGCUCCUUCAACGGCGUGUACCAGCCGGAGCUUGACAAGACCUUUAUUAACAACCCGUUCUACAUUUUCUCGUACUUCUACGACCGCACAUACCCGCUGGGCGUACGCGACGAGUUCAAGCUCUCCGACAUCAAGGCCCUGGCCGACAAGGUCUGCAAGCACAAUCUUUCGCUGUUUGCUGACAAGGAGCAGGAGGAGAUCAAGAAGGAGGACUACUGUCUGGACCUGUCUUUCCAGUAUGCACUGCUGCGCGAUGGCGUUGGCAUGCCCGAGAACCGCGUUGUCCGCAGCACCCGCAAGAUCAAGGACGCCGAAACCGGCUGGUGCCUGGGUGCUUCGCUUGCUGUACUGGACCAGCAUGACUACUGCAAGUACAAGAAGAUCUACUAG